AAAGUGGCAUUGUUUCAGAUUCAACGUAGUGCGCAAAUGUAGGGAGCGGGGAGCGAUUCCGAAUUUAACCGCAAAGAAUGAUGGGAAACGGGUUGACAAUAAUGGCUUCGCUCUGGCUGUUAUCUUAUUGAAAGUUUGAGUAAAACCUCUUGUCUAAGAAAUAAUAUGAAUUAAACAGUAGGAUAUUUAGAUAAUGAAGUAGGCGUCGUCUGAACAGUGGGAGCGUUUCUGUCACGAUUUACACCGCUUCAUCCAGACUGGCCUUUUCCUUUUUCACUAUGUCUGCAAACGUGGAUUUCAAGGAGAGAAGGAGGUCAAGCACAGACACGAAUGAGAGGAGACGACCGGUAAUCAGAGUAAAAGAGGAAAAGGAGGAAAAGAAGCAAAAACGCAGCCGAAGCAGAUCCUCAUCAGUCAGCUCAUCUUCCUCCUCUUCGUCGUCGUCGUCUUCAUCUCGCUCCUCUUCUAGCAGUGGCUCGUCCUCACACAGCAGGAGCAGCUCCAGUAGCAGUGAUUCUUGCCAAAAGAAAAGGAAAGUUUCAAAGAAAAGGAAAAAGGAAAAGCCUGGCAAAAAGCAGAAAAAAGACAAAGCACGCAAGCGAAAGAAGGACAAGAAAAUUAAAGGAGAGGAAGACGCCUCUGGUCCUGUUCAGAUUUCAAAGUACCUGAAGGAGAAGAAGCGGAGUGGCAAGUACAGCAUGAUCUCAGGGAAGAAGAUCAAAAUGAAGUUGAAGAAAUCAAAGAAGGACAAGCAAAGAGACAAGAACCGUGCUGAGCUGUUGGAGUUUCUGAACUCGACUUGCUAAUUCAGACUUUAUGCUUCAACUUUUCCCAUAAUUAUUAUUAUUAUUAUUUUUAUUUUUUUAAUUAAUUUGUCUUGGCCAAUCAGCUCUCAGGGAAAUGCCUGUAAUUUCCUGUAAUGGACAGCACUGUGGGUUCUCAUACAGCUCACCACAAUUGGAUAAACAUCUUAUUUUGUUAUCUUUCUAUACAGUGUUGUUUUGUUAACACCCGAUGCUACUCGCAUGUUAUUCCUGUUAUAAAGCAUCACUCUCGUAUGUUUGCUAAUUUUGGACUUUUUAAUACAGUUAAGGGUGAUAUUCUCUACUUUUAAUCUACUUGUAUUUUAGGUCACGAUUAUUGUGACAAGAUCACACAGGUUUUUAAAUUGAGGAAAAACUCAGUGACUUUUUUUUUUUUUUCUUUUCAGUAGCCCAAAUUUCAGAAUUACAGCAAACACCAUUUUCACCCAAAAAUGACUUAUGAGACAUUAAAAGUGGACAUGUAGAAAAUAUCAGUAGACACGAUCAUGAUUGUAUAUUUACUAAAAUAUGAUAAAACGUAGAGCGUUCACAAAAUGUGUGUUAUUUGUCGUGUUAAAAUUAAGUGGGUAAGAACUGAGAACAUGCAGACAUCUGUAAAGAUUGUUAGAUAAAUAAAAACAAAUCGGUCCAAAUGUGCUGCGGAGUUUAUUUAAAGAACAAUUUUACUUGUGUAAAAAUGCAACAACAAAAAAGAGAGAAUAAAUAGGUAUCUAUCUUCUGGUGUUUUUCAGA